UCCUGGCUUCCAGCAACUACAUCUCCAAACGGAAAAGUGGAAGGAAGACUUUUUUUUUCAAAAAAAUUUGAACUCCAGUAAACACUUAGCUCUUGAAAAAGCCGGCUCUGACCCUAUAAAGUCGAGGAUCUGAAACGUCCUGCCAAAUUGGUGUGUGUGUGUGUGUGUGUGUGUGUUUUCUCUCUCUCCCUCUCUCUCUCUCUCUCCACGGUUAAGAAAUCGCAGGCGCUGCGUUGAUGUCCACAUUCGCAACGUAAUCAGACUGAAUGCCCCCUCAUCCCUCCGUGCGAACAGGAUUUUCUGGUCCGCCUGUAAUCACUGCUGAUGCUGUCUCACCGCGCUCUCCUCCCCAAACACAGGGGCUGACGCCGCAGCUGUGCACCACUGGAUUUUAUACUUUGACCUAGCAGCGGGGCAAGAGAACAGAAAGGGAGAGAAAGCUAAGAGGAAAUCUCUUUUUCCACCCGACCACUCAAACUUCUCGAGCAUUUUCCUGGGUGUUGCGGAACCAGCACUUUCAAGAAUCGGCGAUCCCCAUGUACUGGAAAAGUGAAACUCUGGCUCCUCUGUCAGAGGGGAACAAGGUUCUAUCUGAAGGAAUUCCAGCUGAAAAGGUAAUGUCAAAGGACAGCCAGCAUAAACAAGGCACCUCGCGCUGUGUGGAAAACAAAAUUUCUCAGAUCAUGUCCCACUCUGAUGGUGACACAUUGGGAGCUAACGUGGAAAAGGAUGAGAUUCGAUCUUCCCCUAGUCCUCCAUCCACUCCCUCGAUUUCAUCUCCGCCUUCAUCCUCUUACUCCAUCACCUCCGCCGACAAAAACAUCUGCGCCAGCUGUGGUUUGGAAAUCCUGGAUAAAUAUCUGUUGAAGGUGAAUAACUUGAUCUGGCAUGUUCGUUGUUUGGCUUGUUCGGUCUGCAGGACCUCCCUACGCAGACAUACCAGCUGUUACAUUAAAAACAAAGAAAUCUUCUGCAAAGUGGAUUAUUUCAGCCGGUUUGGCACGAAGUGCGCCCGUUGUGGUAGACAGAUCUAUGCCAGUGACUGGGUACGGAGAGCACGGGGUAAUGCCUACCACCUGGCAUGCUUUGCUUGUUUCUCCUGUAAGAGGCAGCUCUCCACUGGGGAGGAAUUUGGGCUGGUCGAAGAAAAAGUCCUGUGUAGGAUCCACUAUGAUACCAUGCUGGAAAACCUCAAGCAAGCAGCGGAGAAUGGUAAUGGGCUAACCUUGGAGGGAGCCGUACCUUCAGACCAAGACAGUCAUCCGAAACCGGCCAAGAGAGCACGGACGUCAUUUACUGCAGAGCAAUUACAGGUGAUGCAGGCACAGUUUGCACAAGACAAUAAUCCUGAUGCACAAACACUUCAGAAGCUUGCAGAUAUGACUGGUUUGAGCAGGCGUGUUAUCCAGGUCUGGUUUCAAAACUGCAGAGCACGACACAAAAAGCAUACUCCACAACAUGCAGUAGGUCAACCAGGUCCCCCUCGGUCACGCCUUCCUCCGUCCCUGUCAGAGGACAUUCAUUACCAAGCUUUCAGUCAUCAUGAGCGGACCAGGAUGGUGGCACUUCAUGGUUAUGUGGAAAGCCAUCCAUUUUCAGUAUUGACAACACAGUCUAUUCCACACCAAGCUUUGGCUCUGCCACAAUUGCCAAUCAGCCGUUGAUUCCUACACCGAAAACAGUCUUUGAAGGACAGAUGGCAUUCAUGGAUCGUGUGACAAGCAAAAAUUUAAUUCAUAAAUCCCACUUGUGUAAUUUCUAAGUCAUGUAUUAAGAUGCGAUGACCUAUCUACAUCCUGUUCACAUGGCUUGGUUUUCUAACUGUACUAAAUUCAAUUCAUUAUAUAAGGAAACAAGAUUAGAAAAUGCUGGAAAUACCCUCAGCCAACAGGACCUCUGCAGACAACAGACAAAUUAACCUUUUAGGCAUGGACCCUUUGCCAGACUUGUUUUCCAGCAACUAUAGUAUUUUGCUCUUUGUUCAUUGUCUAAAGACCAUUUCACUAAUCCGAAGGCUGGACCUUUUGAUUUUGUCAGGAUAAGGACCGACCUCAAUGAUAAAACAAUGUUUUCGCCAUUUUGUUUCUAGUGACAGUAUUAAUGUUUUUUCUACACCAGAGGUGGUUAAAGCAGCUGCUGUAAUCAAUCACCUCUGCAUUGUAUCAGUAACAUUUGGCCUGAGGUGAAAUGACUUUGAACUUUGUUUCACUUCGUUUUUCUUUAUUGACAAAGCAGUAUGAAGAGGCAUUCUGCAUUGUAGCUCAUGCCUCCCAAUAUUAGCAACAACUGGUCAUCUUUAAACAUCUCUGUCUAACAUCACUCAAUGUGAAUGGUUCACUGGUACUGCAUUUCUUGGAUUGGUAUUUUUCAGAUCCCAAAAUCACUUGCAAAAUAAUAACUGGCAUUGCUUCGACUCAAGUCAUGGAGAAAGUAUUCCAGUCCAUGUUAAAAAGAUUCAUAGCUUUGGGGCUCUAUUUUGGGUGAUUUUUUUCAAAAUGAUUUGCAAAUGAAAACUUCCCCACCCUUUUCCGUUAUUGUACCUCUUACAGAUCAGCCAGUCCAUAUCAACAGUGAGUUUACUCACUGCAUGGAGAACACGUUACCAUGCAGCAACAAUAUGGUGCCACUUUGAAUAUCUCACACAGUAAUAUAAUUUUGUUGACUUCAGUUUUCAAAAUGAAUUUUAGUAAGCUGUUAAAAUAUGUCUCUGUGAUUUAAACAAGAUAAAUAAUGGGGCUUGUCAGCUCAGAAAAAUAGGUAACUAUCAGAGAAUAGGCUUCAUGAGUUGCAGAGUCAUGGCUCUCAGUGGUUUACCAUGGCUUAAUCUUAGUAAGAUACAAACUCAUACCAAUCAUUAAAGUCUAUUUACAACCAAUAAUGUCCAGUUCAGCCCAGUUGAAAUUUGGGUUACUUAAUGUUUGAAAUAGAAACUCAGCAAAAACUAAUCUUCCUUAUCCAUCAUAUUACAUUUGAACAAAACAUUUGAUUGUGUCCCAGACCAGUUCAGCUACAAUCACUGGCUGGAAUUUGUUGUACAAAAUGUUCUUUUCAUGUGAUAUGAAUAAAUGAUGUCUCAGAGGAAAAGGAAGCCUACAUUAGCUGUCGUCAUUUGUUCAAAUAAUGAUUGAAGGAAUAUGAUGCAGAAUGUCCAAUGUGAUCAUUAUAAAACUAUCAGAUGGGUCAAACUGGGUUGUCUUUGGGAUUGCAGGCUUAAUGGGAAUGAUUAAAACACGUGGUGAGGCUGACCUUCCAGUGCAGUUUAUUAAUUUUGAUACUGGGGUAAACAGACCAAAGGCAUUUAUGUUUGAUCCCAAGCUGCACUGAUUUGGUGAUCUCAGCCAUAGUAACAGAAGGACCUCUGUGAUUUUCUCAAUUGAUCAAAGUUAGGGAGGGAUAUAUUUGUGAAAGAUUCUGCUCUUCGCUGCUAUGUUGUGACCUGUGCUGGGCAAGUGUGCAAGAGUGGACAGAAUACUUGCAAUAUCAAAUAGCCUGUGCUCGGGCAUUCUUUCUAGAGUCACAAAUUAAAAUUCAUCACUAGGGUGAUUGAACCAUACCCCAUUAAGUGCCAGGGCUUUCAUGAGAGGAGUAAAGAAAUGGGACUGAAUCGGUUGAAAACUGAAACAUUUAAGUAAAUGAUACUUUUCUCUGAUGCCAGAAACAAAUUAAUAUUGCUUGCCAGUUCUCUGUGAAGCAUAUGAUAAAUACAAGAGAAAUGGCCAGAGAUCAAAACUGAAUAUUUAUUGCCAAUUUUUGUUCACAUAAAUAGUUCUUGCCUAAUUUAUCAAUAUUCUCCUUCUAGGUUCACAUGGGUAAUCAAUCUCAUUUGUUUCUAGAUGCAGCUUACUGUGGCUCUGCACUAAUGUAGCCAGAGCUUGCCAGAUCUUGGGACCUGUUUGCUAGUAAUGUAAGAGUAAAAGUAAUAAGAAUACGAACCAGUGAAUGAAAAGAUGAGAUUUACAUUUUUAAAAUUUCAAAAAAUUAUUUUAUUUCUCAACAAAAAGAGGGCAUCAUUCUACUUAAGAUAAGCAUGCAUAAAUUGGAUUUAGUUAACGUCAGUGUAACCACGCAGUAUAGCAGAGUCUCUCUCACUCUUUUCAGGAUAUCCCUUUCAGUGGAUUAUUUAUGCUGAUGUCGACAAUUUAAAUUCCUAAGUAAAACAUCUCCUGCAGGAAGACGUCAAAUUAUACCAUUUACUCAUUUUACAAACCUGUUUAGAAUUAAAAGUGGGCCAGUAGGUUGAAAUGAGUGACCACUGUUAAUUAAAAUCAGAAGGAAUGUACAGUGUUAUAUUUACCUAGUCUUCAGAUUGAGGACUUGAGUCACCUUGGUGCUUAAAAAAAAUCAAAUAAGUGCUUAAUUUCUGAACUUAAACCAGGCCAGAAUGUGUCUCACAUUCUAGUGCAAUAUCUCACUUCCACAUUCUGACCAGUAGCUGAUCCAUUCCUAGCACGUAUAGAGUAGGGAAAGAUGGGCUUUUGUUGCGCAUUGAUCCCUUCCACUGAGCAGGAAGAUCUGGGUUUGUCACUCUUGCUAUAGAGGUGUGUGGUAACACGGCUGAACAGGUUACUUUAAAAAGUACCUCUAGUAAAGAAAGAUACAGUUUGCUGUUCUACAUUGGGAAGACUUGUUUGGUUACUAAUGGCUCACAUAUCCACUUGUAGUGCCAGAGGUUCCACUUUAUCUGAUAUACUUGGACGUGUAGUCAUUCUGUAUUUUAACUUGCAGCAGUGACUAAUAGAGGAUGCAGACAGGUCACUGUUAUGCCUUGUCUGGCUGGCUGGAGUGGUGAGGAAACAAUAUGCUGUGGAACUAGCAAAAUACUUUGUCAGAAUUUUACACAUUUUACCAUAAAGGAAAUCAAGUUGUGUAGAUCUCAUCAUUUAUAGCACAACGGGAUUCAGAAACAAUUCCAGCAAGUAAUGUAUCAGCAAUUUAACCAGAGAACAUUGGCUGAAUCAUCUUACCUCAUACAGGCACAUUUAUUGUUUAUUCUACGCUGAAUGAAAAUGUAAAGGUUUACGAGAACCAUCCAGGCUAGAGCAAUGAAGCACAAUGACCACGUUAUUUUGUUAUGAUGAAAAAUAAAUUGUUUACUUCUUUCCGAGCAUACUGUCAUCGUAUGAACAACUUUGUAAUCUGAAAAAAAGGUUUCACUCUAGAUCACAGAUUUUGCUAAAGCCUAAAUUAUGUCUUGUCAUAUGUGUUCUUGUACAUAGAUGUUUAAAGCGUUUUUAAUCCAAAUGUAAAUUGUUUGUUUUCGCAUGUGAUGAUUCAACAUGUCUUGGCUUACAACAAUUACCAUUACAAAAUGGAUGCUACUUUUAAAAUGUCAAGACACUGUUAAUCAAGUAUUUAUUGUAAAAUAUAAACUUCUG